AUGGCCGACACUCAGCUGGCUCCCUUGAGCGUGCAAGGGCAAGCUGCUCACUCGGCACAGGAAUGUGGCCCAGGCCCCACCAAUCAGGCACAGUCAUGCAAAACUUCAACUGGAAAGAUGAAGUUGGAAAGAUUCAACAUUUUGUUGGAAGAAGAUUUGCAAGAUGAAGAAGAAAAUGUGCCAGACUCUGACUUCCCAGUGCGCUCUGCGAAGAGUCAAACCGUGACUGGAGGCCACCCAGCUAUCCGCAUCCCCCGCGGAAAGCCGCGCGACCGGAAGAACCACGUCGGCUCCGCCCACCUCUUGUGUCGCUGCCCGGGCGUUUCCGGUCGGCUGACGCGUACGCGCCCGGAGGCCUCGCCGGUCCCACCUGGAGCAGUAGGGCGGGGACGGGCGUCAGGCUCCGCGGCGGUGGCCGACCUGGUUCCUCAGCACCUGCGGGCCGGGGCUGCUGAGUCCGCCCAAAAAAGUCGUUUCCCUCGAAGUUUCCACGCUCGAGGUUUCCCCAGAAGAUGUGUCCUUUCUCAUGAACGCUUCGUUGAUCUUAAACGGGUGCCGACCUCUCACCUGUACACUGGAGGGUGUGUUCUUGGUCUGACAUUCGUCUCAGCCCUUCCUCGUCCAGCCAUAGUGACGGCCCCGCAGUUACACACCAUGGCUGCACCGUGUCUUAGUUGCAGCCACAUGGGAUCUUCAUUGCGGCAUGAGGGAUCUUUAGUUGCAGUAUGCAGACUUCUCAGUUGCAGCAUGCAUGCAGGAUCUAGUUCCCUGACUAGGAAUCGAACCCGGGCCCCCUGCAUUGGGAAUGUGGAGUCUACCCACUGGACCACCAGACAUGGCAGGCAGGUUUUAUACAUGGAUAAGAAGUCCACAGAACGCAGAAGUUCUGAAGAUGCCAGGACCGGCAGAAAUGGAGGUAAACACAAACAAAAGGAAAAAAAGCAAAAGCAAAACCACCACCAAUCCCGACAUAGAUCAUCAACAUCUCAUUCUUCAGAUGACUAUGUGUUUCCUUCUCCUACAUCAUCUUCAGGAAGCCAUGUCGAAGAAUAAUACCCACUAUGUGCCAGGCAUAAUGGUAAGCAUGGCAUGGUCCCUUCAGCCAAGGAACUUUUAAGAUACUGGACAAUAAAGACAAACUAAUAGUACAUUACAAUGCAGAUGAGUGCUACGACUUGGUAUGCACAUGUUAAGGGGACAAGGAAAGGCUUUGGAGAGGAAAUAAUAUCUGAAUUGAGAAUUGGAAGAUGAAUAGGCAUUUUCUAGACAAAGCGAGGGAAGUGGAAUUCAGGAAGAUUUAUUACAAGUUAAAGGAAUUGCAUGUGCUAACCAUUGUUGACAUAUGCGUUUCUGAUUCUUUCUCAAGUUAUAUUCUCACACAUCUAUUUCUUGAUUUAUCAGUGGACUAAUCAGAGUUUUUGGUUGUAAGCAAAGAAAACUGGCUCUGGCUGAUUUAAAUGGAAAAGGAAUUUAUUGAAAGGAUAUUGAAUAACUCACUAAUAAUUGCCAAGAAGCCUAGAGAACUAAUCUCUGAAUGUGAAUAGGAACAAAGUGAAACUUGGCAGCUAGAACUGUAGGCAAAGUCAAACCACUGGUAAGGGCACACUGCCACUCCUGAACCUGGAUGCAUCAACUUGCAUUGUCCUGGUCACUACAUGCCGCCGCUGAAGAAUGGAUUCUUCACCAUCUCUGCUUCUUGGUGUCACUAGCUCCUAGGCAGUAUUGACUGAGCCUAGAUCACAUGUCCAUGUGCUAGCUGCCUAGGAAACUGGGAAAGCAAGUAUUGACCUUUCCAGCAUCAACGGCAGGAGGCACGUAGAGAAGUGUUCACCAGACACAGGAGGGAGAAUCAGAUGCUGGGCAGUCAAAAUACCACAGAUGUUCUCCACAUUCAACUCUAGACAAUAUCUAUCAACUAGCUCACAAAUUACUCCUUUGUCUCACCUACCUUUAUCUUUUCAGUGUUUGUUAGUUGUAUUAUAAUUAAUUUUUCUGUUAGUUAAUUUGGUAUCAA